UAAACUUCCAGGUGCUGUUGUUUCUCCGGACCGCUUACAGAAGCCCACUUCCUGCACUGUUGAAAGAAGCAGACUCACUCUUCAGCUGCAGACAUUUCUUAUUCAGGAUGUUCCUGACAAGAUCAGAAUACGACAGAGGCGUGAACACUUUCUCACCCGAGGGAAGACUUUUUCAAGUGGAAUAUGCCAUUGAAGCCAUUAAGUUGGGCUCCACAGCCAUUGGCAUCCAGACGUCGGAAGGAGUGUGUCUCGCCGUGGAGAAACGAAUCACCUCGCCCCUGAUGGAGCCCAACAGUAUCGAGAAGAUCGUAGAGAUUGACUCCCACAUCGGUUGUGCUAUGAGUGGAUUGAUAGCCGAUGCCAAAACGCUUAUUGACAAAGCGAGGGUGGAAACACAGAAUCAUUGGUUCACCUACAAUGAGACGAUGACGGUAGAGAGUGUGACUCAGGCGGUGUCUAACCUGGCUCUUCAGUUUGGAGAGGAGGACGCAGACCCUGGUGCCAUGAGCCGUCCCUUUGGUGUUGCCUUGCUUUUCGGAGGUGUGGAUGAAAAGGGACCCCAACUGUACCACAUGGACCCCUCGGGCACGUUUGUGCAGUGCGAUGCCAGGGCCAUUGGAUCGGCAUCUGAGGGUGCUCAGAGCUCUCUGCAGGAAGUCUAUCACAAGUCCAUGACAUUAAAAGAAGCCAUCAAGUCUUCUCUCACCAUCCUGAAACAGGUUAUGGAGGAGAAGCUGAACGCUACUAACAUCGAGCUUGCUACAAUAGAGCCAGGCAAGACCUUCCACAUGUACACAAAAGAGGAACUGGAGGACGUCAUUAAGGACAUCUAGAGCGGUUCUGCGCAGGCCUGACUGAUGUUCCGUUGGAGAAUCCUCACGCAGCUCUGUGCAAAUUGUCACCGAGUGAACAGUGAACCUGCUAGCAGCCUGGCUGCUUUUGAAGGUUUGCCUGUUCAGACCAGAGUCCACUCUUUAUACUGUUUUCUCUUUCCUCUAUCAAUCCAGAAUUGUUUCUACAGUUCUGUACAGGCAACAGAACAUCAGUACUUGUAGUGGAGUGAAAAAAGAUAAUAAAUGGGGGGGCGGGGGGUAGUUUUUUUGUUACAAAUCAAUACAUUAAUAAACUGUUGUAUUCUGAAA